AUGCAGAAUACGGUGACGAAACUCAACGUUGUGGAAACCUCUGACUCACUAGGUGGCUCGUUCAGUACGAUGGCAGCUGACGACUUCAGUCCUUCCCCCAGGGUGCCCAAAAUUGAGGUAAACACCGAUGUUGGUCGUUCAACCAUUCGGCUACCCAACCUCUUCCAGCUGGGCGUCGAUUACUCCCUAUGGGUGUGUCGUGCCCAGAGUUCCUUUCGAGGCCUUACUCCCAGGACCGCAAGUUCCUAUCUAAACCCCGUUUUGGACGAUGUGUGGUGCCUAGCUUGCGUCGAAGUGAACUCCGCUAGAAUCGCAUGA